AUGGCUCAAAAAUAGUUCAGAUUAACUAGCGAUGGAUUUCGUAAAAGCGUGAGAUAGGAAGUGAGUUAAAAAUUUUCAAAAGAGGAGAAGCUGUUUUAUGAAGUAUUUGAAGAAAAGGGUUAUUCUAAGGACAACAAAAUAACAAAAAAUAGUCCUAUCUUUGAAAAGAAAUACAAUACUUAAAACGAUGUUAUCUUUUUCCUAAUUGAGCAAGUGGAACAGUAAUAUUAAUACUGCACUGUUGAGUAGCUUGUCAAUAAAAUCAUAGAUACUAUUCAGACCUUUCAUUUAGACAAUUAAGAGGAUUAAGUAGAAAUUAACACACUUCUUGAGUAUCAAAAAAUGCUCUACUAAAUUUAUGACAGAUAUGCUUAACGCUCCUAAAUAUAAAAUCCUAAACGCGAAAAGUGCUAUAUGGAAAUUUACCAUAUUAAAAAUCUUGAAUUAGUGACAGAUAUUUUCAAAUAUUAUCAAAUCAAAUACAAAGCUAGACUAGUGUCUAAAGAAAACGUAUCUACUUUAAUGAGCUAAAUUGAGAAACCAGAGCCAUAAUUUAAAAGUAUUUAUGAAUAAAAGAGCUAAAAUUUGUGGAAAGAACCAUUCUCAGAAAGGGCUGCAAAUUUAGAAAUUGUUGUUUUAGGUAAAAAAAAACCUGCUCAUAGCCAAUAUGUAAGCAAUGGGAAAAGUAAUACUAAUCCAGAUGAUUCUUAAAUAAAUAACACCGAGUGUGAUAAGAACAAAGAUUAUGAGCAAAUAUCCAAGGUUGUGGUUGAUUUCAAUUUGAUUUAUGCUUGUAUACAUCCAAAAUAAUUUGAAAAUAAUAAUGUCCACACCAAAGUCAACAUUCAGUUCAAAGAUUAAACUCCAAAUGCUCCUUACACAGGUUUAACUACUAUUCAAAUGGGAUUCAACUUUACUCUGGACACUGAAACUAAGCUGUAUGUUAUGGAUUAAUUAUUAAACUAUUUCGGCACAGAUAUAGAUAAACUUAAUUACGAAAUUAGUGAAAGAACGAAUAUCAUAAACGAUAUCCUCCUUUCCUUUAAACAAAAAAUUGUAUAUAAAUAAUAAAGAGGUUUGGAAGAAAAUCGUUAAAACCAAGAGCGUGAUGCAUGUUCUAUUUAGCAGUGCUCUAUAUUUUGA